CUCGAGCCCCCAUUGUUCUUUCCUUCCCCCAUCAUGCUAGGAAACGACGUCGACCCUCUCGGCGAUGCGCCAGCGCCGCGACAUGCGAUCGAAUCCGACGAGGAAGAGGACGAGUACAACCCUCUGGGUGAACGACAUGUUACACCAAAUCUGGGCACAUCUGUACGCGUAGAGUACAGCGAAGGCCCUCUUGAGGGUGGCCAGCCUCUAGCAGUAGUGACGGGACUCACGUCCGUGCUCCUUCCCCUCAACGAGAAGGACAAGCGGGGAGAGAUCGUAGUGAAUGGAGUGACGGUCGGAAGCCUGCAUACCCCGAAGUAUACUCCCGUGGUGAUUUUGGCAUCGGAGACGAACGUCCGGUUACCAAUAUGGGCGAUGAACGCGUACGCCAAGGCAGUACUAGCCCAGUUGCAACCAUCUUCCGUGAACAUCCUCGACACCUACGCCGUACCUUCGUAUAUCACGGACACUCCAGAACCAUCCCCGCGAUCCGCACCCAUCCGCUACCUCCGUACACCCAGCGCAGCCAGAAAACCAUCCCCUCCGCCCUCCCUCGCCCACCCCUUCGCGCCACCCAACCUCCUCCAAUCCACCACCGCCUCCUUCCUCUCCAUUCUCAACUUCGCCUACCCCGACAUGCCAGCUACCGCCGUCCUCCUUCCCGCCCAGCACAUCCCGCACCCUGCGCCAAAAGACCUGGCGCCCUCGACGAUACCCUCGACAGACUACCUCGCGACGGAUUACCUCGACGAGCAAGGCUGGGACGCGGAGAUGCUGAGCAAGGCGGUGGAGAUGACGCUCUGUCACGAAGUGCCUAACGAUGUGUUGCUGACGUCGAUGACCCCGAAGCAAAGGGCUGAGCUGCAGGGCAGGCGGACCAGGGGAGCGGCGGUAGGAGAGGGCGGCAUGUAUAUCUGAUCCAGCGGUCCUCGCGACAAACAAAAUGUACAUCUAGGCUAUACUUGUGCAGCUCCAUCUAUUCUCUCUAGUUUCCGUCCAGCGUUCUUAUCGCCCCAGCUUUGCUUCAUUGAUGGUUCUUCAUUGACAAUUCUAUCGCUUCGUCACCCCCUACCACCUCGACU